AUGCAACUCCCAACGGCGCUCACCCUCGCCCCAAUCCUACAUGCAAUAUGCAUCACGGCGCAAAACCUCUCCCUGGGCGCCGACAACUUCUACCGAAGUAACCUGGUAACCCUCCAACCGGUGACCUUCCCAACCCAAUACCAAACCCUCAUUGCGGGCAACCUCUUCGUCCCCAACAACCUCACCGCGACCCCUGCGCCCGCCAUCAUUGUCGGCCACCCCAUGGGCGCCGUGAAAGAGCAAAGCGCGAACCUGUACGCCACCAAAAUGGCCGAACAAGGCUACAUCACCCUCUCCAUCGACCUCCCCUUCUGGGGCGGCAGCACCGGCACCCCGCGCAACGCCGUCUCGCCCGACCUAUACACCGAAGCCUUCAGCGCCGCCGUCGACUUCCUGGGCAGCAACACCACCAGCAUCACCAGCAUCCCCUCCAUCACGCACCCCAUCACGAUCAACCGCGACCGGAUCGGGGUCAUCGGCGUCUGCGCCAGCGGAGGCUUCGCCCUCAGCGCCGCCAAGAUCGACCCACGCAUCAAAGCCAUCGUCACGGCCAGCAUGUACGACAUGGGUACCGUCAACCGACAGGGCCUGCAGCACUCGCAGAACCUCACGCAGAGACAGGCCGUGAUUGCGUCCGCCGCGCUGCAGCGCUGGCCCGAGUACGAGCAGCCUGGCGGCUCCGAGACUCCGAUCUCAUACACCGGCGGCACGCCGAAUGUCCUCACCCCCAACGCCAGUGCCGUGGAUCGCGAAUUCUAUGAUUUCUACCGCACGGUGCGUGGCGAGGUGACGCCGCCCGGGUCGACCCCGGAAUUGACGACUCAUCCGACAUUGACGAGUAACUUGAAGUUCAUGAACUUUUAUCCGUUCGAGGAUUUGGAUGUGAUUGCCCCGAGACCGGUGCUGUUUAUCUCCGGGGAUCGCGCGCAUUCGAGGGAGUUUAGUGAGAAUGCGUAUCGGGGGGCGAGCGAGCCCAAGGAGUUGCUGUGGGUGAGGGGGGCGGGACAUGUGGAUUUGUAUGAUCGCGUGGAGGUGAUCCCGUGGGAGAGGAUUGUGGGGUUCUUUGGGAGGAAUUUGUAA